CUUUAUAAUUUGACGAUCAGAAGAAAAUCCAUGUGUGGCAACGAUUAUCUAAAGUACGGGGCCUAGCCAAGAACAGUGACUAAUAGCCAACUCACGCAACACUAGUCUCUCAUUUAAGGUCUACCUCUUGGUGACGCUGCCCACAGUGCCUAAUAGUAACUAAUUUACUUUUACCAUAGAGAAAAAAGUGCAAGCCAUGUUAAUCAGAGAAACGGGCGGUUGGAAAGUAAUUUACGUCAGUAUAGUAAAGAUUAUGAUGGCUAUUGAUGUUAGCUACUGGAUGUGCGUCUAUUCAUUCUUCUCGAGCCUUUCGACACUGUACGGCAGUAUACAGUAUCUGCCAUAACAAGAACUCAUAAAUACAUCAGUAACUUUGGGUACUGGUGUUCCUUGACAAGUUUACCAAAAUGGAGAACAAAGGUAGCAAUGCUGGCUUCAACAUGGAAACCAUAAAUAGUGCAAGUGGUGAUAAAAAACAAGACCAGGUACUACUGCAGCCCUUCACAUAUGUCCUCCAAGUACCCGGUAAAAUGAUCCGGGGGAAACUUGCUCAAGCUUUUAACUAUUGGAUGAAGAUUCCCGAUGACAAACUCAUGGCAAUAUCAGAAGUCAUUCAUAUGCUUCACAAUGCAAGUCUUUUAAUAGACGACAUUGAGGACAACAGCGUACUGAGAAGAGGAAUCCCGGUGGCUCACAGUAUAUAUGGUGUUGCCUCGACCAUCAACUCUGCUAACUAUGUUUACUUUAUGGGACUGGAGAAGGUUCUUGCUCUAAAUCACCCUCAGGCAACUAAGGUGUUCUGUGAGCAGUUGCUUGAACUCCAUCGAGGUCAAGGGAUGGAGAUAUACUGGCGAGACUCCUUUACUUGUCCCUCUGAGGAUGAGUAUCUCCAGAUGACCAUUAGGAAGACUGGUGGACUGUUUGGUUUGGCCAUUCGUUUGAUGCAACUCUUCAGUCAAGUUCAAGAUGACUUUUCUACAAUCACAGGAAUCUUAGGGCUCUACUUCCAGAUACGUGACGAUUACGGAAAUCUAUGCAUGAAAGAGUACAGUGACAGUAAGAGUUAUUGUGAAGAUCUGACUGAAGGCAAGUUUAGUUUUCCAGUCAUACACGCCAUCAAUACACAGCCAGAUGACCAACAAGUUAUCAAUAUUAUCCGACAGCGACCAAAGGACCUUGAGGUAAAACGGUAUUGUGUCUCCCUCCUUGAAAAAUUUGGAUCUUUACAACACACGCAAGAAACACUGAAAAAAUUAGAAAGUGAAGCUCAUGAUGAAAUAAUGAGACUAGGCGGCAACCCUCACCUAGAGCAGGUCAUGAACGAACUACGAAACUGGGAAAAGUUCAAAGAAUAAGUUAGUGCUUUUAAUUAACUCAAUCUUUAGUUUUCUUUUGUAUUUGUAUGAAAUUCAUUAAAAUUCUUGAUAUUAAUAUAA